AUGGAAAGCGACUGGAGAUCGACUUUGUCGAACCAGGAACGGUCCAAGUACAUUACAGAGCUCGCUCAAAUUUUGGCUCAGAUCAGUCGAGUCAAUGGCGGAGACCGUGGGAAUUUCAAUCUUGAGAAGCUAAAAAAGACAGCAGAGCAGUUUGAAAAGAGUCUUUAUGCUAGUAGUACGUCCAAGGAUCUGUAUCUGGACUCGAUACGCAAGAGAAUAGCGGCGAUGGAUACUGCACGCAAAAAGGCGGUAGCCAAUGUGCAGCAGAGCAUGGCCAAAGCUGCAUCUCAGUCUCAAAACUCUCGAAACAACCCAGCCAUGCAACAGCAGCACUAUCAGCAGCAGCAGCAGCAGCAGCAGCAGCAGCAACAGAGACCAUCACAAUAUCCCCCAGCCAACAACAAUAACAUCAACUCUCAAGUGUUCUUCAACCAGCAGGCUCAAUUGAGGCAGCAAGCUGCACAGCAGCUUCGAAAUGGAGCAGCUCCAAAUGGACCCGUUCCCAAUGCACCAGUGAGACCACAACUCACUCCACAGCAACAGCAAUUAAUUAAUGAGAUGAAAGGUGCAGAGAUUCCACGCGAGCUGCUUCAAAGAAUUCCUAACCUGCCGCCAGGUGUCAACACUUGGCAGAAGGUAACGGAACUUGCGCAGCAGAAAAGACUUGGACCAAAAGAUUUACAAAUUGCUAAGCAGGUAUACCAGAUGCAUCAGCAGAUCGUAUUCAAAUCCAAGCUCCAGCAAUCAAGUGCCAAUAACCGUGCAGCUCAGCCGGCCAUACCUCCUACACAGAACGUGUCGCAACUGCAGCAAAAUCAACGUCCAAUGAUGGGCCAGACUACCAUUCUGCAGCACAGCCCUCAGCAACAGGACUCUCAACUACAACAGUCACAACAACAACAGCAACAACAGGUACAGUCGCACCCUCAGCAGACCCCGCUACAACAGCCAAUGCAGAUGCAUCAAGCUCAUCCUCAACAAAUGCAGAUGAAUCAAUCUCACUCACAGCCGUCGCAAGAAGUACCUAACGUGCUCAACAGACUGAACCAGAUUUUCACGCCAGCGGAACAGAAGGCUUUGUAUGAGAAUGGUAAGAAGCUAAUCGCGGAUUUACAGAGGACAAAAAGACUGCCCUCUGUGCUAACUCCACAACAGCAGGCUGUUUACAUAAAAAAGUACAUCAAUCAGAUGGCUUUGAAGAAGCUUCAAGCAGCAAGAAACCAGAUGAGUAAUUCAAAUGCCGCCCAACCACAGCAGGCUGUGCAGCCACCAAUGGAAGGCCCACCUGUUCCUCAAAUGAGUCAGUUUUCAUCGAAUGGAGUGAAUAAUAAUGCUCCACUCGCUACGAACAUGCCACAGAGAAGGCCUUAUGGGGCUGCAAACGUUUCCAAUUCAAACGGUAACUUCAAUGAUGCUGGAGCAGUUCCAAGCGCUCCGGUGACGGGUCCUUCCAACGUUGCGCCACAUGCAUCAACCGCUACAUCACAGCCUCCUCAACAGCCAAGGUUCUCUCUUCCACGUCCUACAGAGCAAGAUCUAAUGGUCCUUCGAAGAAUCUCCGCUGAAAUUCAAAAGUCUCAUCUCAGGUUGUCGAACAUAACCAAUCAGAUUUCUCAGGAACAGAAGCAGUCGAUAAGAAAUAAGCUUCAGUUGAAUCGUCAGCUGUUUACGAAUGUUGACAGCUUCAUACCUACUCUUUACAUGAUUACGAGGAACGAGGAAAACGUAAGACAGUUGCUUCAGAUCAGAAUGCUUGCGAGAGAAAUUACAGAGCAUGCCUCCAGAGGGGUCUUCAUUGUACCACCUGAGGUGGUGGAUAAGGUGAUCUUCCGUUACCAAAAGUACUACGAGUUCAUAAAAGACCAGGUUCUUAGAAGACACCAGCAAAUCAUUGCGGCUAGGCAGCAGCAGCAACAGCAACAACAACAGCAACAACAACAGCAACAACAACAGCAACAACAACAACAGCUGCUGCAGCAACAGCAGCAACAACAGCUACCUGAAAAUCAACCACAGCCUGGUCCUGUGAAUUCCACAGAUGGCACCUUCAACCAGCAGCGUAUCCAGGGUUCAUUCCAGCAAAUCCAACAACAGAUGCAGAUGAGGCAACAACAACAGCAACAACAACAGCCAAAGGGACAGCCCGCCCCACAAGCGAGCAACUGGCAAAGGCCCGCUGGAGGUAAUGGAUUGGAUGCAGAAUCCAGCAUGCCGCCUCACAGCGCUCCUGAAAACGUACGCACAGGUUCCGUUGGCAUGGAAUUUCUCAACUCUCCCGAAUUCCUCAACGCUAAAUCCUCACCACAGCAGACUGGCUUAUCGCCGGCAAAGAAACAGACUCAAAUGAGGAAAAAGAUGGCUUUAAAACAGGCUUCAAAUCAAGGGACGCCUGCUGCUGCUGCUGCUGCUGCUGCUGCCUCGGUAUCCAGCGACACCCCAAACUUGCCAGCGGGUGGUGGAAUUGCCGGCUCAAGUAGGGGCAAUACGCCUAAUAUGGCAGCAGCUGUAUCGGCAAGUUUAUCACCUAUGGUGAACAAAAUUGCGAGUGCCAAUGCUAGUCCUUCCCCAAAAUCUACGGCUGUUGGUGCGCAACCAAUAUCUGCUCCAGUGAACUUUCCAUAUAAGGAGGAUGAGGACAACUCUAAACGAAUGGUGAUUCGCAAAAACGAGAUCAUAUCGAGGUUCAAACGCAGGCAAGACAUUCUUCGUCAUUCGCCUGCCGAUUUGUUUUUGAGCUCAUUGGGCGAUUGCUUAGGCGUCGAAGAGGAAUCGAUUGAACUUUUAGUUCCUAUCCCCGCGGAAGUUGUGGAUCAAGUUAAUGGAGCGGGAAAGAAGAAGACAGGUAAAGCAUCUGCUCCUAGAGGAAAGGACCAAGACUACGCCAAUGUUUCUAUCAAAGACAAUAAAAUCAUUUUUGCGCCAAAUCCAGCCCUCACAUCAUACAAGAGUGAUCCCUUUGCGAUAAAAAAGGAUGACAUUUUCAGCGCUUUCAAAGACGUGUAUGGUUCGUCACACAUAUCUGAUUUCUCGUUUGGUGUCAGAAAAGUGGAGUCUGAAGCUGGUAGCCUGAAAAGAAAGGCGGCGGAUCUAGAUAGCAGUCCAAACAUCUCACCGGCAUCGUCGACGAUAAUGAGUGACUCCAAAAAGAUCAAAUUGGACUCACCGGAGGAUCUUUAUUUCACUGCACCUGGUGAUGAUAUCAAGAAAGAGCAUUCAAAAGACGUUAAUGUUGAAGAUGUCACGGAGAACAACAUAUGGCAAUGGAAUUCAUGGGAGGCUGCCAUUUAA